AACUUCCCUCCUGUAUACCACCUCUGUUUUCUUUUUUUCUUUUUUUCUUUUUUCCUAUGCUUGGUCUAGAAUUAAGUGGAAACUUUUCGGUGAGUGGCCUUUUACUAGCCAUACUAUGUUUUUACUUGAUAGGAGGGAGGUUGAUACGUAUCUACCUUUUUGAAAAUACGGGACGGUCUGUUAUGCGACCUCGACCAGUAGUGCAAGUCGUUGUUGUUGGUGAUAUAGGACGAUCGCCACGUAUGAGAUAUCAUGCUGUCUCUCUUGCUGAUAGUGGUUGUACAGUGGACUUGAUAGGAUAUGUCGAAACACCCGUGGGAAGUCGUAUUUCUGCUCAUCGCUAUAUUCGUGUAAGACCUUUGAAACAAGCUUGGUCGGUUCCUAAAGGUUUACCGAAGCCUCUAUACCUCAUUUGGGCUCCUUUCAAGGCUUUGUUUUUGUCUAUACAGUUGUGGUGGUUGAUGGGCUGCGUUACUCAAUUCCCUGACUUUAUUUUUGUACAGAAUCCUCCUUCUAUCCCUACUUUAGCGGUGGCAAGACUGGUUUCCUUUUUACGUCAGGCAUGGUUGAUUAUAGAUUGGCAUAAUUUUGGAUAUUCUAUACUUGGAGUUACUCUUGGAAUGAAUCAUCCUGUGGUCCGUUGGGCCAAACGAUAUGAAAAGUUCUUUGGAAACAAAGCUUAUGCUCAUUUGACAGUGACGACUAGACUGCGUAAAGAACUAGAAGAAUGGAACGUGCAAGGAAAAAUGAUUACCUUCAGAGAUAGGCCACAGUCUCACUUCAAACGAUUAUCGCUACCAGAAGUUCAUGAAUUUCUACAAAAUUGUCACAUUGAAGAUGUUGUCAAGAAGCAAACAUUAGAUGCUGAUAAAUUUUUAGGCUACGAUAAUAAUGCAGUUACAACUUUACUGACGCGUAAAGAAACAAAUGACACCGUGAUAUAUCGUUCCGAUCGACCACGUUUAAUUGUAUCCUCCACAUCUUGGACUGAAGAUGAAGAUUUUAGUCUACUUUUGAAAGCAGUAGAACACUACGAACAGGAAGCACCUAUUGAAGCACCCAGGCUUUUAUUUGUCAUCACAGGCAAAGGACCUUUGAAGGAUCAUUAUGAAAAAAUGAUUUCACGAAUGCAAUUGAAACGAACAAGAAUCAUCACUAUGUGGCUAGAAGCCUAUCAAUAUCCUUUAUUACUAGGAAGUGCGGAUUUAGGGAUCUCCUUACACACAAGUUCCAGUGGCAUGGAUUUACCUAUGAAAGUUGUUGAUAUGUUUGGUUGUGGUUUACCAGUUUGUGCUGUUAACUUUGAAUGCCUGGAUGAAUUAGUUGUAAACAAUAAGAAUGGUUUAGUGUUUGACACCGAUGAUCAAUUGGCAGCUCAACUUCUGGAUCUAUUUGUGACUCAUCCUGAACGGUUGGAAACAUUACGUGCCAAUGUCUUGUCCGAAUAUGCUUCAUUGACAUGGGAAAAUCAGUGGAAGGAUAUCUUGAUGGAAUUAUUCCCUGCUGCAUGAAAAAAAAAAGUCGUUGUUAGGAUAUUGUUCCAUAAAAUAAUAAAUCGAUUUAUUGUAUUUCCUUUGAUCAUAUGCAAUAAUGAUUGAGAGCGGAUGAUCAACCUUUUUCACACAUUCCAAUGC